AACCAGUGAACCGGGCGAUUAUUGAAAGUUGGAAAGGCGAACGGAGAGCACCAGCGCCGUGAAAGACCACAGACUCCCGUGUUCCGAUUGAGCAACGAUCUGAUUUUGGCAACGUGUUGUACUGCAGGACCACCGUACAGGAUGAGCAUAUUCGCAUCCGUCGAACUGGGACCACCGGUAGAGGUGUUUGCCCUUAAUAAGGCCUGCAACGAGGACCCGAACCCAAAGAAAGUUAAUCUUGGUGUCGGAGCUUAUCGAACGAACGAGGGUAAACCAUGGAUCCUGCCGGUGGUGAAGAAAGCCGAGGCGGCGAUCGUGGCUGAUGGUUCGCUGAACCACGAGUACCUACCGGUGCUGGGUAUGGAGAGUGUAACGAAUGCGGCUUCUACCCUGCUGCUCGGCGAUGACAGUGAGGCGCUCCGCAGCAAGCGUGCCUUCGGUGUCCAGUGUCUGUCGGGAACGGGGGCCCUGCGUGUGGGGGCUGAGUUUCUCGCCCGCAUCCUGAACCGUACCACGUUCUACUACUCCAAGCCAACGUGGGAAAACCACCAUAAGCUGUUCGUGUACGCGGGAUUCACGGAACCGCGUACGUACCGGUACUGGCACCAGGAGCAGCGUGGCAUUGAUUUCCCGGGCAUGCUCGAGGAUCUGUCGAAUGCUCCCGAGGGUGCCGUCAUUAUACUGCAUGCCUGUGCGCACAACCCGACCGGCAACGAUCCGACCAAGGACCAGUGGAAGCAGAUUGCCGAUGUGUGCGAGAAGCGGAAGCUGUUCCCGUUCUUCGAUUCCGCCUACCAGGGCUUUGCCAGUGGCGAUCCCAACCGGGAUGCGUUCGCCGUCCGGUACUUUGUGGAGCGCGGAUUCGAGCUAUUCUGUUCGCAAAGUUUCGCCAAGAACUUUGGCCUUUACAACGAGCGUAUCGGAAAUCUGACGGUCGUGCAAAAGGACGCUACGACGAGUGCGGCCGUGGCGUCGCAGAUUACGCUGCUCGUCCGUGGUAUGUACUCGAACCCACCGGCCUUCGGUAGCCGCAUUGUGAGUCGUGUGCUGAACGAUAAGGAACUUCGUGCCGAGUGGAUGGAGUGCAUCCAGACAAUGAGCUCGCGUAUUAUCAAGAUGCGCAAGGCACUGUACGACGAGCUGGUGGCACUGAAGACACCCGGCACCUGGGAACACAUUACGCAGCAGAUCGGCAUGUUCUCGUACACGGGACUCAAUGAGAAACAAGUGCAGAUUCUCAUUAAGGAGUUUAGCAUUUACCUGCUGAAAACGGGUCGCAUCAGCAUGUGCGGACUGAACGAAGGUAACGUAGCGUACGUUGCUAAGGCAAUCCACGCUGCAGUGACCCGCGAAUAGUAUCGCGCUCAUGCUCGCGGACAUGCCCCCAUCGUUCUCGGCAUCAGCUAACACCAAAGGCUGUGUCAGGGAACCGGGCACCAAACACAUUCACAGUCUGAUCUGAAACGGUUCAUCAUCACCGGGGAGGAAGCUUUUAGUUUAGCAUUUGAUUGAUUCCCUAGCCGAAACGGUUACUAUGUGAGCGAAAUGUUUUGACACAAGACAAAACGAAACAUGAGAUACAUUACGGUGCGUUAUAUAAAAGCACGAUAAAGAUAGUAAAAAAGUUAGAUCGUCGAAAUGAUAUCGGCCGGCGGCACGGACGUUAUCGAGCAACAACGAAUUGGCGCGGCUACACAAUACAGCAAGGACACAGUACAAUACGGUUUACACCUGCACACCACAAGUAAUCAAACAGCAAUUGAAUCAAACACGGGUCAUUCUUACACGAGAUUAAAUACAGUUUAGCUUUUCUAUCGAUGUUCCUGUUCCCGGUGCUUCGUUCACGUGGAACAGCAGACGACACAAAGUGUAACACUCAGUAGACCAACACUUGCACUUGAAUUAGAAUACUCCUAACUUAGCCAACGCUCGCUGCACUCAAUCAACUCCCACCCCCGUAAAUACCCCGUACAACCGUUGAUGCCAACAUUGUAUUACGAGCUGGAGGGCAUUUAUGAAAUGCGGGCAACGUAUGCUGCAUCGAAAGUGAAUAUUGCAUAAAUAAACGUUACAAACUUUACUGCAUUUUUGGUGAAACACCAAAUAAAAGAAAACUGGCAGUGUGA